AUGUCCUUCCCGGAACACCUCACGUCCAAACCCCGGCCCCCCAUCUCGAGGAAACCCCCUACCUCCAAUGGAGCCCCCUCCACCCCCUCCCAGCUCGGAGAGAGGGGCAGCAAAGCCCGCAAUUCGGGGGCGAAAGUCAAGAGCAUUGUGAGUAAGUUCAGCCACCCAGAGACUCCACCAACCACCAGUGGAGAUGCUACACUAACCACCGAUCCUCCUCUCCGGACCCGAAGGCCCAGAAGGGCCCCCACAGUCAAACCCAAACCGACCCGGCCCUCCGUGCAGCAGUCUGGGGGUCCAGACCAGGCUCCUCCACUGCCCAUGAAUAGGAGCCGGAUCCUGCCACAGGCUAAGAUGGAGACCCCUGGAGGAGAGGAGGGGAAUGGCAUCCCAGUCAGUCGAUCAGGUAGGGUCAGUCAGUAUAUCAAUAAAUUAAUUAAUCAAUAUUAAUUUUUAUGAGGCCUCUCACAAAAAUGUUAUGAUAGGGACUGAUAAUUUGUUAGCAUUAGCAAUGUAGCCUACAUAUCUACAAGGCAAGCAUUACAGACAGAGCAACAAAAUGAUAUGGGUGUUCAUUAAUCAGUGUUGUCAAGUAACACAGUAACACAUGACAUAAUCACUUUCAUAACAUAUCAACAGAGAGCAUUAACAACAUUCCCAGCCAAACCCCACAAGCGAGCCCUAGGGUGGCAGGUUAAGAAAACAAUCUGUUUGGAAUUUGAAUGGAACAAACAUUGACAGGUUUCAUGUACCGCUACAAAAUGUCUUUGUCAGUUUGAUGUUUACCACAUGCAGCAAACGUCACCUAUAUGCAUGUCACAUGCGAGUGCAGUAUGUGCGGUAUGUUCCAUUGUGAGCAGAAUCUCUGCUCGUGUGUUUUCCCUAGUUCCUGAGGCUGUGAGGGAGACAACUGUUUUCACCUCACCUAGAAACAAACAGGUGUGGCUAGAACACGUGAUCUAACUCCCCUAACAGACAGAAACAGGUUCUGUCAGUGCAUCUGUAUACUGUAGGUAAACACAGCUCUGUAUAGGUAAAACUGGUCUACUGACACAUACUGUCUGUACUCCAACACACCACUCUGGGACGAGAAGUGUGUGUGUGUGUGUGUGUGUGUGUGUGUGUGUGUGUGUGUGUGUGUGUGUGUGUGUGGUGUGUGUGUGUGUGUGUGUGUGUGUGUGGUGUUGUGCGUGAGCGAAGAGCGAGAGAGAGAGGAAGAGCGAGAGGAGCGAGAGAGAGGAUAUAGUAGAGAGAGAGGCUCGAGCCGCGCGAUAUCUCUCUCGCUCUUCGCUCGCUACUCUCCUCGCUCUCUCUCUCUCUCUCUCGUCUCUCUCUAUCUCUCUCUCUCCUCAACGGUACAGAGAGGCAGAGAGACGGUAUGUAGAGAUGUCGAAGAGAGGCAGAAAGCGACAGAAAAAUAGGUAUAGAGGGAGAGGGCCAGAGGCUCCCUGUUUAAGACUGCACUGCUUAAAAGGCUUGAAGAGUGUCUCACUGUUUCUACUGUUGCAGUGGGAAAGAAAACAAGGAGUUGGUAGCAUCUCUGACUGCAGAAAAGAACAAACAAAUAUCAAAAUAGAUCAACAAAAUACAUAUUUUCAUUUUUGGCUGUUUCCUGUUCAUAUUAAAUGCUCAUGAAGCUAAACAACUUGAUAAUUCCCUAAGUUUAUCUGACAAAGCAGAAAAAUAAAUUAUGAAAAUAGGAACGUUGCAGAUGUUAAUUUGGCUAAAAAGGCAAACAGUGAACAAACACACACACACACACGUUUGUGUCACUAUCCUUGUGGGGACCAAAUAAUUGAUUCCCAUUCAGAAUUAUAUUUUUCACAUUUUUCUAACCUUAACCCCAAACCCCUAAACUUAACCCUAACCCUAAUUGUAACCCUAACCCAAAACUGAACCCCUAAAACAGUAGUUUACCUUGUGGGGACUGGUGAAAUAUCCCCACAAGGAUAGUAAACCAAAACACACACACACUCACAUUCCCAUGUAAAAUAAUAAUACUAUAACAAUAAUAACAAUAAUAAUAAUAUGCCAUUUAGCAGACGCUUUUAUCCAAAGCGACAUACAGUCAUCACUUUCAAAAUACAGAAAUGAUCCCCGUAUGAUGCAUUUUGCAUCAUAUGAUGAUGCAUUUUGCUUCAUAUGAUGCAAAAUGCAUCAUACGGGGAUGAUUUCUGUAUUUUGAAAGUUACAUAUCUUGAAAACUGACAAGCAAAACAUGUUGGGACUAUGUCAACAAUGGACUAAUGAAACAAAUACCAAAAUAUAGUUUCUGGGUGGAGUUUUCCUUUAAUGUUUAGCUUUCCAUAGAGAACUGAGGUUAAUCAGGACACAGAAAGAGGAACACACGCUCACACACACACACAUACACACAGACACAGUGAAAGUGAUAUGCCCUGCUAUCAUAGAAUACAGAUGUAGGAACAGUCUAGCCAGGAAGCAACACAUUCACAGUGAUCAGUGAAUGCCAUAGAGGGUUUAAGUCUGCCAAGGUUCAAGGUUCAAUCCAGGCCUGAAACAGAGAAAGUGAUCCCUAGUUUUGGGGUUCCUUUUAACAAUAAAGUAAUAAUUGUAUUUCUGAUGCAUUGCUAAUUUCCCAUUACUUCAAAUGUCUAAGCAAACAUGGGGCAGUGGAUGUAAGAAGUGAUGUUAUGUUAGAGCUAUGUUAUUGAUGUGUUGACCCUCCAAACCAUCUAACUCCAUGUCCCUCCCUCUCCCACAGCACCUGACGGAAAGGAGGUGGAGCUUCAGCUGAUUGGAGAAGUGAAAGCAGAGGCGGAGAACGGUUCAGACACGCCCCUUAAUCCAUGCUGCGACUGGGACUGCAGCUGUGUGUGCCACGUUCACAUGCCCGGCAUGAAGCUGGUAUGGGUGCCCAUCGAUGAGGAAGAGGAAGAAGAGGAGGAGGAGAUUGAGCUGGAGGCAGAAACGGAGGAGGAGGAGAGAGGAGGGGAGGGGGAGAGCAAGGCGGGGGAUGAGGAGGAGGGGAGCGGUUUGUCGAGUGAGCAAGGGGCGGAGCAGAUAUUAAAGAAGGCUAAGUUAAACCAGGUUCAGGAUGUGAUGAUAUCCAAAGGCAACCAGAGAAGGUCAGACCCGGGAUCCCAGGUCAUUCUGACCUCCUUGGCCCUAAAAUGCCCCCAGUCACCACCCAUCCCCCCUAAACAAACCCAAUCUCCACCAAGCCAUUUUAAAGCUUCCAUAGAGGAGGAGGAGGAGUCUAUAUAUGAAGAUACUCUACUAAUGGCGGAGCCAACACCUAGAAAGAUCUGUCAAGAACUGGACAUUCCCCUUAUCAAGGUUCAGAAACCGGUCCAUUGGUCAAAACUGUCCUCCAGCAACUCGGAGGACAACACUUCGAUCCACCCAUCCCAAACCCAGACUAAUGAGGACGCCCCCUUGGCCAUCCCACCUCAGCUAGCCCUCGCCCAGGACAAGUCCAAAACACCCGGCCACAACCUUAUGCCCGUUCACAGGGGGGGUAUCGCCUUACCCCAGCCCACCGCGGAGGAGUGGCGCUCCCUGCGCCCCUCACCCGCCAAUCCUUCCACCAGCCCCAUAGUACUCCACGGGGCAGGCUACAGAGUCCCCCCACCUCAGCUCCCCAAGACAGGCAUCUCUGUCCAUUCUGUCAAGCAAGCUAUAAAAGGUCGGUAUACAAGUAAACACACAAUAAACCUGUUUUCUAGCAUCUUUUACAGUGAGAGGUCAUACAAUAGAAAAAGGUUUAUUGUUCAUGCUUUUGUGUCUCUCUAGAACAAGAGGAGGAUGGAAGCAUUGAAGGAGAGGAGGAGGACACAGAAAACGAGCGGUAAGCUCACUCAUCCCUGAUGUUCUUCUAUUUCUUCCUCUUAUCUCUCUUCUGAUGACCUCCAUAUUUCCUCUUCUACUCUCAUCGCCCAUGUCUUGUUUUGGCCCUGUUGAAAAUCGUCCUUCCUGUAAGUGACCACAGAUCAGAGAGGGUUGGAUUAGUGACGGUGAUAGGGUAUCACUUAACCAAUCACUUAUCAGUGAUUAAAGGAAGGAAGGAUAUUUGAAGUGUUAGAACCAGACCUAUUUCUCACUCAUUCAUUGUCCAGCUCAGUCAGUUAUAUAACACACUGCUCUUCUUCUUGCUAGUGCCCCUCUCAGGAGAGGAUCCUCUAUUGGCUGGGAGUCCAGACAGCAGGACGGUAAGGUGUAGCUCAGUUGGUAGAGCAUGGCACUUGCAACGCCAGGGUUGUGGGUUCGAUUCCCACGGGGGGCCAGUAUGAAAAUAAAAAUAUUUUUAAAAGUAUGCACUCACUAACUGUAAGUCACUCUGGAUAAGAGCGUCUGCUAAAUGACAAAAAAUGUAAAAAAUGUUACCUGACAACCAAAACGCACCCAAAAUAUCAGACACGGAUGAAUCAGGUUACAGGUGGAACUAUAGGUGAAACAUUAGACCAAAGGAACAGAACAUUCUUGGUCCAUCAUCAUUGUUUGAGGGUCACCCAUAGAGUAUUAUCCCACAUAUUAAAACCUCAUAUUUUAAAAAUGGUUUCACCUUUGCCCUUUGACCCCUCAGUACCUCUGUACCAGACGUACCGUGCCACCGUCAUCCACAAGGAGAUCCGGCGCCAGACGGUGUGUCGCAACACAAGCAAGACCAGUGCCGACCUCCACAUGGACUGGACCGCGCGCCGGGGUGGAGUGGGUAUGGGGUCGGGCGGCGUGGGGGCGGUGGGCAUGGGCAACGGGGCAGCCAGUGCUACUAUUCCGUUGCCCACCCCGGGCCAGAGCACCCUGUGGCAGGACCUGCAAGAAGUACGGGACAGUGGGGUGCUGGAGACCCUCAGCCCUGCACAUUGCAAGUACCAGGAGGUGAGAAAGAGGGUGGGUGGGUGGGGGAGGAAUAGGAGGGGAGGGAGGGAAAGGAAGAAUGAGGAUAGAGAAGCAAGCUCAAUUUACUGCUCAGUUUUUCACAGGUAACUGCAUGGCUGCCGGAACAUGGGUGUGUCAACAUAAACAGGCGUAUCAACAUAAGUGGGUGUAUGGAAAGCAAACAACUAAUUUGGCGGAUUUGUUGCCACUCAAGGCAGCUUUGCGUAGCUACAACUGUGAGAGCAUUUUAGCUAAGCCUAACCCUAACCCUUUUCCUAACCAUAACCUCAUUCUCCUAACCUGUUACGUUAACCUGCUACAUUAAUUCUCCUAACCUGCUACGUAAAAACGAACCAUCAAUCCCAACAAAGCAUCAGUAUCACCACACAGGAACUGACCAAUGAAAACGCAUUAAGAAAUGAAAAACAACAAAGCUCAAUCAAAAACCAUCUAACCAAUCAACAAGUGUUGAUGUUACACCCAUUGCUGAUGAUUCAUCCACUUUUUUUGCCUCGCCCAUUUUCAGAUACAAAUCCCGCGUAUGCAGCCAGUUAUCCAUACUUGGCUUUUUUAGUCAUCAAGUAAAGUGAAUAUUUGAUAUUUUAGUUGACUGAAUUUCACCUCAAUGGACUGAAUGCCAGCAGUUACCAUCAAUUGUAAAUUCAGUACAAAAAUGUGGCCAUUUAAUCAUUCCAAUAUGGGUAUGUCUUGGGAUAUUUCAGUGAUGGGUUGAUUGUACUGUAUGAAUGAGAAGUUCAUCGUCCCGUUGUCUCUCUCCCCUCAGAGUAUGUUUGAGGUGUUGACAUCGGAAGCGUCGUACCUGCGUUCCUUACGCGUUCUCAAGGAACACUUCCUGGAAUCCCGGGAGCUGGAGGAGGUGCUGAUCAUCCGGGACAGGAAGACCCUCUUCUCCAACGUCCUGCGAGUCCUGGGGGUCAGCGAGAGGUGAGAGAGAGGGAGGAAUGGGGGAAGGGCUAGAGAGGGGUACUUGGCUAAAACAGUAGGGAGUCAGAGUAAGGAAGGAGUAAUGACUCAGAUAUGACUCAGCAGCGUGUGGAGGGUUUUGCUCCAGCCCAACUUGAACAUAAAUAAAAAUGUUCCUCCUUCACUGUUUCGUUGCGUUAAUAAACCCCUCAAGGAAAUCAACCAUAACCUUUGACCUUUCUAACCCUCCCACCAUUAGUUUUCUGAAGGACCUGGAGAACCGUAUGGAAGAGAGUCUGGUGUUCUCCGACAUCUGUGACAUCAUCCACUUCCACGCGCAGCACAACUUCCCGGUCUACAUCGACUACGUCCGCAACCAAAUCUACCAGGAUAAGACUUACACCUCCCUCAUGUAAGACUGGCUUCAUUACUGGGUCUCACAGGUAGGGUUGCAAAAUGUUGUUAAUUUCACCCAAAAUUCCCUGAUUUUCCUGAAAACGCUGUUAGAGGAUCCUGAUUCCAGGAAUCUUCCAACUGGAAUUUUGGGAAAACUUUGGAAUUUUGGGAACGUUACCUGAAUUUUCCAACCUUACUCAGAGGCCUCUUGGUCUGACAAUUUACUCAACCAGAGGAGGAUGAGGUCCUGAAUUAUGUGUUUGUCACCACAGGAAAACCAAUGUGGAGUUUGCUGCGGUCAUCACCCGUCUGCAGGAGUCUCCUCAGUGUCAGCGGCUGCCAUUCACGUCCUUCCUGCUGCUGCCCUUCCAGCGAAUCACACGCAUCAAGAUACUCAUCGAGGUGAGGGGCAUCAUGGUAACUGUAGUUGUUGUGGGCCGCUGUGAUGUGGACUACAAGGGAGUGUGAUCACAGUGAAAAGCAUUAAACCUUAUUACCUUUAUUAGAUUUUUUGGCUUGAAUCCAGAUCGUCAUUUGUUUGUCUUGUAUAAUAUGGCUUGUUGUUGUUGUUGUUGUUUAUCAGAAUAUCCUGAAGAGAACAAAUGAGGGGACGGAAGAAGAGCAGACUGCCUCCAAGGCCUUGGACUCUGUUUCUAAGGUAACACACCUUUCCUCUUUCCAUCCGUCCGUCUGCCCGCUCACAGACGUUCCGACUGUUCCAUUCUAAAGCAGUGUUCCACACCGGUCUGGAAUAUGGAACAAUGACGUCAAUCCCCUGGUCUUUUGUGUGGGAUAGAGGAUAUCAUAUUGUGAGAGAGAGAGACUCACUGUGUCACUGCAGACAAUAUGACCAAGUACAGGAGAGAGAGAUAAAGACUGUCUGUCACUGCAGUACCAGCUAGUGUUAUUCAAGUAGAGGGGGAACCUCUUGAAAAAGAGAAGAACUUGAUACACUUGUGAAAGAGAGGAACAUGAAAUGAGAGAAGGGCUAUGUGGAUUGUUUCUCAUUUCUAUGUGAAAGGAAAAGUGAAGGAGCUGCCAAGAGGUCUCUGAUCUACUGUUUUCAUUCAGUCUCUUGUUCUUUUUCUAGCACGAUUUCUUUCUUUCUUUUUUUCUUUCUGUCUUCCUCUACCUAUCCCUCUCAGAUCAUAGAGGAGUGCAGCACCGAGGUGGGAAAGAUGAAGCAGGUGGAAGAGCUGAUCCACCUCUCCAAGACGCUGGAGUUUGACAAGCUCAAGGUAACCAAUGAAUCAGUCAGUCAGUCAGUCAGUUAAUACACCACCCAAAUACACUAGAAACCUAUCCCUUUCUGCUUGAUUCUUAUACAUUUUUCUCUCUCUUUCAAUUUCUCCACCUCUCUCUCUCUCUCCAUCUAUACUCCCCACCCCUCUCUUUUUCUCUCCCUCCCUCCCUCCCUCCCUCCGUCUCUCUCUCUCCCCCUCCCUCUCUCUCUCUCUCUCUCUCUCUCUCCCCCUCCCUCCCUCCCUCUCUCUCUCUAUCAGGCUAUCCCCAUCAUCUCCCAAAACCGUUUCUUGGAGAAGCGUGGGGAGUUACAGGAGAUGGCCAAAGGGAGCACCCUCUUCAACCUGCGUCCCAAGUUCACCCCCGUCUACCUCUUCCUCUUCAACGACCUGGUCAUCAUCGCCACCAAGAAGGGGUGAGUCCCCCAUAUGGUGUUCAUAAGGCUUUAUGAAGCCUUUAUAAACCUUUACACAGCCUUUAUCCCUCAAAAAUGCUUCACAAAUAAUUUAUAACCAAAUGUCAUGCUAGAAUAGAAGGUGGCUCUACAUUCAUACAUUCUAGGACUCAUCUUAGACUGUCUUAGCCCUUCAAUGUGAUUGGUUCAUCCUCUUAUCCCUGUUAGUUCGGAGCGGUUUGUGGUGUUGGACCACGCCCACCGCUCCCUGGUCCAGGUUCAGCCAAUAGGAGACGACCAGGCCUCGAGCCCUAGCUAUGAACACUGCUUCUGCCUGACUCUACUGGAGAACCACCAGGGACGCAUGAUGGAGAGACUGAUGAAGGCCCCUUCACAGUGAGUAGUACACAGUGUGUGUGUGAGAGAGAGAGAGAGAGAGAGAGAGUGAGUGUGCCCGUCUAUUCACACUCUAUGGUCUGUUUCACAUGUCCAUUCUCUCCUCUCUUCUUGUCUUUCUUUUCCCCCCUCAUCCUUUCUUCUCAGGUCUGACCUGCACAGGUGGAUAGCAGCGUUCCCUAACCCCAGUAAACCUGAUGGGGACAAGGAGGAGGUUAUCUAUGACGACUGGGGUGAGUGACUGGGUAUAGCUCGGUGACACACACCCUAUAACUAGCCGCAGUAAGGCAGCAAUUAGUGACUGAGCUAGUUGCCAAAUUCAACCAUCCACACACACAUCUAGCCUCAGUUUGCCUUACAUGGACACACUUUGAGCUAUUUGCACUUGUGGUUUAUAAUUGUGUGGUUUCUUGAUAUUUACUGUUGUGUCUCUGUCCUCAGACUGUCCUCAGGUGCAGUGUGUGGAGCAGUAUGUUGCUCAGCAGGCUGAUGAGCUCACCCUGGAACCCAGUGAGAUCAUCAACGUGGUGCGGAAGACCAACGAGGGUAAGUCCUGGCAGGAAACUAAUGUCCUGACCUGUGGUUGGUUAGGAAACUGGGUAGCACUUUAUUUUACAAUCCAGAAAUUAUCAUUUUUUUACUUGAUAAAAUGAUAACACAGUAAUAAAUGAAACACUCCUCUUUCCCCCAAACCCCCUCUUUGUAUGUCUUUAUCCCAACAAUUCUAAUUCAACCCUUAACCUGGUCCUCUACCUAUUAGCAGUUUAUUGAUUUGUGAUGUCGGUUAUUUUGCAUGAUUUAUAUAUAAACAUCCUAUCUCCCCCCUGCAUUCGCCCCUUCCUCUCCUCCCUUCUCCACCUACAUUCCCUCCCUUUAGGUUGGUACGAGGGGAUCCGUCUCUCCAACGGACAGAAGGGUUGGUUCCCCAUGGAGAACGCUAUAGAGAUCACCAACGAGUAUGUGCGGCGGCGGAACCUUCGAGAACGCUAUCGGGUCAUUCAGGCCGCCAGCAUCGUCACCAACAACAAGGCCAAGACUACCCCGUAAUGUGGAACAUCAGGGGAACGUUCCUAAAUAUUAAAGACCAUGACUUAGGAGCACCUUAAUGUUGACAGAACAUCCGCAGAAUGUUUACAUAACGUCACUAGAACAUUGUUGGAAUAUUAAACUGGAUAGGAGAGAGUGAACCAGUGCUUGCCAUGCAUGCUCCCCUGAAGAACUCUUAGCUGGAGAAAUGAGGAGCUCUCGGAGGAGUUCUUUCUUAUCAUAUCGUUCGAUUGGCAUGUUUUGUUUUUGUACAAAUUGCUCAUUUGGUGAAGUUAUGGGAUAAUGUUUUUUUCGGGAACUUUUACAUUUUUUUUUUUACAUUUU